AUGCUUGCCUGGAAGGGGAGUGAACUCGGCACCGCGGUGGCGGCCGUUGUGGUUUUACUGACUAUCCAUGAAAGUCAACUCAGCAAUCUUCAGAGCGAGUUCGAUCGACGCAUCAGGAAACGGCGGCAGGGCAAUGCUCUUGCAAUUUGGUCUUUUUACGAGACAAAGCCUACAUACUUGUUCAAUUGGCUAUCCUUAGGAAAAGUUGUUUCGCGGCCCUCAGCUGUAGUACAUGGAGAUGAGCAAGUGGAUAUUGAUACUGAUCAUUCUGGGCUCAACAAGUGCGUUGGCUUUGAGGAUAAGCUCUAUCAAAAACUCAACGAUGCUAUAAGCAAGCUGCAAGCUCCAUCUCUGCUUGAUCAAGCCGACAGCCUAUUACGAGGCACCUAUUAUACAGGGUCUAGACUUAAGAUCGUGCGACUUUCUGGUGAGGAGCUGCUGAUGGACCAGUGCUAUAUUAAUCUGGCCAUUGUGGAGAAGAUUGCCAAUGAACCUGCAGGCCAGAUAAAUGGAGAGGCCUCUAGUUUUUCGCUUUUGGCUAGACAGAAGGUUCAGAUACUCCCUGAAACAUCUCAGGUUGAGCUGUCGACAAUUUUUAACCAGCGCGAGACAUAUGAUAAGCGCACAAUUCAGCCAAGAAGAAUCUUGAUCCGAGGACGAGCGGGUGUUGGAAAGACCACACGCUGCAAAAAAAAAUAA